UGUCAGGGAAGUUGAUAUCAUAACAGACGUCAAACAAGACAGGAUUGAAAGUGAAAUGGUGUAAUUGGGAAGGUCGGAUAAUUCACAAUUUAUAAAAUAUUCAUUGUGAAAAUUCCCCAAUGCAAUGGCCAGUAUCGGUUUCAGAUGGCUGGAUAUUUUGGAAAAGGAGUUCGAUAAAGCCUUUGUUGAACUCGAUCUGACAGUUGGGGAAUGGGAAUCAGAAGAACCUGAUGCAGUUUUUAAUAUAAGACAAAAACUAUGCACAUUAAGUUCGUGCUUCGCUCAACUCACACAUAAAGCACAAACAAUAUUUCAGAAUAGCGCCAAAAUAGAGGCCGAACUAAUACACAUGAGAGCUGAGCUUGUAGAAUCGAAAUCCAAAAGAGAAGUACUAGAGCAAGAGUUACACAAUUUGCUUUUACAGCUGCAUUCCGCGCAACUCUCUAAUCUGCCCGAUAGCUUGGACGGUAAAAAACAAGAUCCUUAUUUCAAACCCGAUGUAAAUAACAUAAGGAAAAAGUUGGAAGCGGAAUUGAGGAUAAGCCCUGUACAUAUUAGUAAACAUGUUCAAGAAACGGAUGAAAUAAAACUAAGUCCAACUCUAAUAGAUAAUGCUCAAAAUAGAAUAGAAAAUGCCCAACUCAUGAGCGAAAAUGCAUCUCUGCGAAAUUCCAUAUUAGCAUUAAACAGUGAAGUAUAUGGAGCUAAGCUUGCUGCUAAAUAUUUGGAUAAAGAGUUAGCCGGAAGGAUUCAGCAGCUUCAGUUGUUAGGUAGAGAAAUGAGAGGUGAAGUUAGGGACAAACUUUGGCGGCAAUUGGAAUCCGAAAUUCUGCUUCAAAGGCACAAAACAGUCGUUAGGGCUUGCCGGAGAAAUUGUAUGUUGAACGGUUCUGACAACAGCUGUCCAAAACCUCCUGCUCCUUCAUCAGAAGGAGGAUCGAUAGGGGAAAAUAACCUAGAACAGUUUGGUGAUAUUAGGACUGUGGUUGUAAAAAGAAAACCAGGACAAGGUCUUGGGAUAAGUAUUACAGGUGGUCGAGAACACGGAGUUCCAAUUUUGAUAUCUGAACUGGAAGCAAGAGGACCAGCAGCGUUGACAGGAAAAUUGUUCAUUGGAGAUGCAAUUCUUUUUGUUAACGAUAAAGAUCUUAGACAAGCCUGCCAUAAAGAAGCUGUUGAUAUUUUGCAACAACAGUUAGGUGACUGUGUGCUUCAAGUGCAAUAUAUAGCAGCUGAUGACAGUGAUAAUUCCUUAGAAGAGGACAGUUACAAUUUUAGGUUUUUCGAUCAUUUGGAUGACGGUGGAGGAACCACUACUCAUACGUCCAAUGUUGUUGAUGUUUUAAACACUCCGACUGCACCAAGAACUCCAGAAUCGAGUGUCAGUCGGUAAGUACGGUUCUAUAAUAUAUAUGUAUAUGGCUUUUAAUCCAAAUAGUGUGAACAGUAUUUAUGUUAUGUAUGCUGCAUGACACUUGUGAUUAUUUCAUUUUAAUAGUCUAUAAUAAGUGGUAAAGUAUGUUAUAUAUCAAAUACGCAAAAACAGAAAUAUCUAGAAUAGCAGUUGUUAUUUAUUCUUAUCGCAUUCUAUAAUAAUUAUGUUCAAUGAAUAUGUCUUUUCAAUAAUAAGAAUGAAAGUUACCAAAAAAAACUGAAGUUGUUGCAGUUGAA